GAACUUUCGGGGGAAUUUCGUGGGAAUUUUGUGGGAAUCCUCCCCUUCUCCCCCCCCUUCGCCUCCCUCCGCUUCCUGACGGAACCCUCGGACUCCGUCGCCGUCCGCGGCGGCUCCGUCGCCCUCCACUGCGCCGCCGGCUCCGCCCUGGGAAUUCCCGAGAUCCGCUGGAAGAAGGAUUCCGUCUUCCUGCGGCCGGGAGCCGACGAGCGGCUCCAGCAGCUUCCCAACGGCUCCCUGGUGAUCCGGAACGUCGUCCACUCGCGGCACCACAAACCGGACGAAGGGAUUUACCAGUGCCAGGCGGCCCUGGGGGACCUCGGCGCCGUCGUCAGCCGGGCGGCCAAAGUGCUGGUGGCGG